UGCGUGCGGGACGUGUUUUGGAAGUACUCUUGCGCAUAUACUCUGCCUGGUUAACGCACACUGCACUUUCCUUUUGGAGUCGCGGGUACAAGAGCAUGAUUGCGCUCACGAUCAUCGUCGUCAUUCUCACGUAUUCGCAGCUAUGGGACCCCGUCAACGCAUGCGUCAAAUGGGGAUGCACAGAGGAUGAGAUUGCCUACCUGGAAGAACGCAUACAGUAUGACGGUCGCUACCUCACCUGCAGCUUCUUUCCGAAACCUGGGAGGGAUUGUCCGUGCUGGGAGGAGGAGAAAGAAGGGACAGAAUGCUGGGACAUGACUGAUGCUGAAGACGGCAGGUGCUUCAGAGGGGUAUGUUACAACAAGGACACGUACGGGUCUGUCAUAAAAGGACAGCGACAAAAGAGGGGCUUACGGCUGUCAAUAUUAUUGCAAGAAGAGGCCUCACGAUAUCGUCGAUCGUCCUGAUGGUCAUCAGUGUCUGGACCCCGCAACGGCACGUACUGGCGGAUGUCGUGGAGGUUAUUGCCAUAAGUUCUAUAGCUGGGAUGUCUGAAGAUAUCAAGAUAGAAAUCGAGAAAUAUCUGGUUGUUUUGCUUGUCAAUGCCUCUGUUGGAUCGAUAAAACCUAUUUGCAUGUU